UAAGGUUUAAGUCAGUUGCAUGUGUAGGCUCAACAAACCAAGGGAAUCACCUUGAGUCAAUAUUAAUAAGCACUAAUUAGAGUAAGUGUAACGUAAAAAGGAGAAUUCCAAACACAAAUACUAUAGUAAGAGCAAAGUAUACAUCUAGAAAUUCGACUUUUAAUUGUUUCCAAUUAAUGCACAUAUAUUUUCUUAAAUUUGCUGUAACUACAGGUGUCCGAGACCCACUGAGGCAGCUGUUUCUACUUGCCAUGACGGUAACAAAGUCCUGUCUGAAGGAGAAGCGGGGAGUGGUGACAUGGGGUGACUGUGCUGUGCGCCUCCUUGUACAAGUACAGCUGAAGCAGGAACUGGAGUUAAGAGAACUUGUAAUGGGAAUGGCUCAUGAACUGGAGAAUAAACCACAAAGUAGCCAUUGCAGUCCAACUUGUUUAGAGGGGCAAGAUGCUGUUACAGAUCUCAUAAAAUCACUGCAGCCUCUCACAGAAAAAGAACAGCUCACACUGAAACAGCUUAGCACGGAGAUGGUACCUUUUUUAGAAGAGGAUGAUUUUAAUCAAGAAAAGGAUACAACCAAGAAAGAAAUAAGGCUGGGGGAGUGCCAUGGAAAGGAAAACCCUGAAGUCAUCACAGAGGAUCCACAUGACAGAAACCAAACAAUUCAAGACAAAAACUUUCUAUAUGAAAAUAUGAAAGGCCAGGGAGAGGAGGACAGACAAUAUGAGUUAGGAGACCCAAAGAUACAUAAAGAAAUUUCCGGUUUUGGAGAAUCCACAUCAAACCAAGUUGAACUGGCCAAUAGAGAGAACUCUCACAAACAGAUAGAGGAGGCUCAUGCUGAUGGAGAUCUCCACUAUUAUGGUCACACACAUGCAGACAAGUAUUCCUCAACACAGAGAGAAAAUGACAAGCAAAUAAAUAUUGUUCUUUUGGAAGAGGUAAUAAAAAGAGACAGUGACAUCCAAGAGGAGGACCUCAAAGAAAAGGAUGUUGUUUUCAUUGGGAAAGCAGAGGAAGUUGAUCAAGCAAACCUUUCUAGUGAAAGGGAACAUGCUAGGAGUGACAGAGACAAGCUAACACAGACUGAGGAACAAACAGUGGCAGAGCACACCGUACAGGAAGCUGAAAACCUCAAUAUGGCGCAUGUAAAUGUUGAUGAGAGACCAGGUGAAAUUAAUAAAAGUAUUUGUGAUCAGGGGUCCCCAGAUGAUUUGACUGCAUCUGUAAUGGAAGCCACAGAGAACCUGAUAGCAAGUCUAUUGUCUUUAAAAGCAAAAGUGGAACAGGCAUAUAUUACAAGAGGUACCAAAGGAGAUGUACCUCCCAGGACCGGAGAGAGAUGCACUAAACUACCUAAAGCCACUGCUGCUGACAGCACCGACCAUCAGAGAACAGAGAUUUUUUCCAGUGAUUCAGGGUUUCUGGAUAAAUGUGUUGCAGUCAAAAAAGAAGGAAUAUCCGGAGAAGAUGCAGGUGACUGCCCAACACAAGCUGAUCUUACAAAAGAAGAGGAAAAACAGAGAAUCAAUGUAACAAACACAAGUUCUGAUGCAAUAAAAUCGAACAAGGAAGAAGAAACCCUGACUCAAUAUAGAAAGGAAGACACAGCUGAUACAGACCAAGUGAAAACAAGGAAAGCAGAUCUUUGUGAAAAAGGAGAUAUGUGUGAUGAUAAUACCAAAAAAAGUGAAAAGGAAAAAGCCCAGCCUUGUGAUAAAUGCACUGUAAUGGGGUCCUGUGAGAAUACAGAAGAAGGCAUCAGUGUAGUUAAAGCGACACAUGAUAAAGAUCUCCCCAUUACACAGACCCCUUCGGAUCAACUGGCUGCCAUAGUCAUGGAAGCUGCUGAGAGUCUCAUCGGAAAUCUGAUGUCUCUGAAAGAUGAAGUCAGUAGAGCUUCCAAAUCAGUAGAAGUCAAGGAGCCAGAGGUUGGCAAAAAUGACAUGCACCUAGAGAGAACCCAGUAUGAACAUGACUCUACUUGUUUGGAUAUGAUAGACACCACAACUCCAUCUGCACCAGAAAAGGCUACAGGAGGAACAGAGAAGGACAAUAAAGAUGAUCAAAGCUUGCAAAAUACAGGUAAUCAAAGUUCUGGAGAACUGGAUGGACUUGAAGCUGACCAGCAUAGCACAGAGCAGAUUACUAGAGAGGUCUCAUGGGAAUUGCAUCCUGACUGUUCCAAGGGAUGCAGCCAUGCAAGACUGUGGGAGUCAGACCAAAGCACUGUGGAUAAUUUUACUAAAGAAUUAUCCCCAGAGCUAGUAUGUGAUGGAUUGCAGACCAAUGAGAUGGAACACAUUCAUGCACAGAAACGGGAGGAAUAUGAGAGCUGUCACUUAAUAAAGAAGGAACAAACAACUUACGAUCUUUCUAUGGAAGUAGGUAAAAGUAUGGAUGACCAUAAGCAAGGUCUCACUACCAUUCAAGGUAGUAAAGAAUCUGAGGGAGCAGGCUGUUUGACACUUACGAAAUAUGAGGAGACCAAUGCUACACAAAUGUUGGAGAGCCUCUCAGAGGAAAGGGCCGUUGAUCAGGGACCUGCUGAUACACUUGCCAUGUCUUUUUUGGAAGCAGCUGAAAAUCUCAUUGGGGGGCUCAUUCCUGGUCAGGAGGAAAUUGGUCUUUCUUCUGUAAGGAGAGUAGUUGUCAUUGUCACAGACAGAGCUGUGGUUGAUGAGGAUUUCUUGUUAAGCCAGGAGAUGUCAGAAGAGAGUGGGACAGCAAGCACCCAGGAAGUCUCUUCUGGUGGGGAAUCCCAGGCCCCCUUUCUGCGCAAAGAGGAUAGUGAAAAAACCGACACCGGCCAUAUCCCAGCGAACAGUGAGGUGGAGAAUCCAUGGGAGUUACACACAGACUGUGUAUUGAGUGGAAAUCACUCUCACAUUUGGAACGAGGGACAUUCAGUGGAACCUUGUGAAGGAGAACCAGAGGAAGGAGGACAGAAUGUAGAUGGAGUGGAAAUACAGAACUGUGACCCUGGAAACUGCACUAGUACAGUACAACCAACAACUUUAGCAUCACAGCACAGAGAUGGAGCUGAGUGUGCAGAAGAAUAUUCAGAUCCAAAUUCACAUAAUAAAGGCAAAACUGUAAGAGACAGACAAAACAAUGAUGAAAAACGGGUGCAAAAUGACAAUUCAGGAAUAGUUACUGAAAAGGUAGCACUUUCUGCACACAAAUCAGAUAUGACAGAAAGAAGAAACACGCUGGUUCAGAAAACAGAUGAAAGUAGUCACAAUGCACCUCCAAUACCAGUAAAGCAGAAGAACACAGAUGAGAGAAGCCCUCAACACACACAAACAAACCAAUAUGGAAGAGUAGGCUGCAAAGCUGAAGGAGACGGAGAAGAGGAAGAUUAUGCACAACAUGAGGCAAAACAAGGAGACAGAGUGUCAAAAGAAAUAAAAAGUGACAAGGCCAAACAUGAAACUUUCAAGGCUUUAGUAUCACAAGAACGCAGACAACGCUCUAUGCCAGAAGACCAAAUGAAUACUUGGAGUGAGCAAGAACCAACAUUUAGAAAACACCUAAAAAAAGGAAGAUCUUGGGACGAUACAGUGGAGAGGCUUGAAAAUGUGUUAAUUGAUGAUGGACAGCAACAACUUAAAAUAGAUAUGCCUAACAAAGAAAAGGGGCACAUAUUAAAGGAGGAAGAAGUUUAUUCUGUCAUGUUAGAGGAGAAAAAUCUGACUAAAGGAAGUAAGGAAGACAAUACAACUAUAACUGAUAAGGAAUGGAGCCGCCAUGUACUAAAAGAUGAAGAUCAGCCUGCACAGUGCAGUGAUUUACCUGUAACUCAUAUAGAAGGAAACCAAUAUGAAUUGGAUGAUGUGGGUAAAGAGUCUGCUGAUAUAGAGAAGGACAACCCACAGCCGGCUAACAUCAGCAGAGAGCAUAUGGAGUCACCUGAUGAUCUGGCUACAGCUGUUCUAGAAGCCACUGAGAGCCUAAUAGGAGGGCUUCUUUCUCUUAAGGACAAGGUGGGCAGGGCAUCUAAGAGGCAAAAGAGGAAAGAAACUUCCAAUAAAGAUGACCAGCCAGAAACCAAACAGCAGAGCUGUCAAGAAUUAGCGGCAUUCUAUGCUUUCUCGUCCUCAUUUGAACAAUGCAAAGCUGCCCUCUCAGUAAGUUCAGCUUUUCAGAGUGAAGCAAGUUUCCACAACAACUUGAAAGUACCGCCAGGCCAAACAGCGCAAAAGGUAACAGAAAAUUCUGAAGAAUGUAAGAGACUCACGAACAGGUGGAAAUCUGUGACUGAAAAACAUCUAAGAAAGUUGUAUAUGCUGAAGGCCCUUUCUUCUGAAACAAUGCACAUGCAAAUGGAAGAGAUUCCAGCCAGUGAAGUACUAUCUAACAGGAAAGGACAGAUGGGAGAUGCAGUACAGAGAGGGUUGGACCACUGUCUCUCAGAGGAGGGACCAGAGAAUCAUGCUGGAAAUACCACAGCAGAAAAAAAAGAUAAUGAAUCGGAAAGAAUAGAAUAUAACCAAUACCUUGAUGAUCGUGUGCAGGGUGCCUUAAACAGAGACGAUACAAUGGCAGAUGGACCAAAGAUAGGUUUAAAUGGAGAUAUUUUAAAGCAAAGACAGGAAAAAUAUGAGUCUAUUUUUGAGUUGAAAGAUGUCCCAAGUAAAGACAAGAAGCCUGGUAUUUAUGGGGAUGAAUUCAAAGAAAUAAAAGAAACUCAUGAAGAAAUUCCUGAAAAUGCAGAGGUUGCCAGUGAGAUGGUUGUGGAACAUCGAGAUACAGAAUCCCUCACAAGUCUCAACAGCUUUCCAAACAAAUCUAGAGAGCUGCUCUGGGAGACUCAACCCUCAUGUAGUGUGAGUGUCAGUCAUUCACAUGUUUGGGCCAAGGAAGCUAAUGGACAUCCCCAGAACAAAUGGAAAUCUAUUGUGGUGAAUAAAAUAAAGGAAAAGGUAUUAUCUGAAUAUAAUUUUAGAGAGACUCAUAAGAUCAUUGCCUGCGAAGAUGAAAUUAUAUGGGAUAAAAAUGCUGAUAAGGAUGGUAUAAACCAGAACAAGGAGGUGGAGAAAGUAAGAGGAGAAAGUAAUCUUGGGGAACUAAAUGCUUGCACUGUGAAGAAAGCAAAAAUGGAGAUUGAAAAUCUGGAGAGGGAAAAAAGUGAUAAAAGCAUGUCCAAUACUCAAAGAGACAAUGCUGAAGAUAGAAGUCCUUGCAGUGGAAGAACAGAAAAUCUUCCGGCAGAGAAAUCAGAUAAAGAACACAGUAAGGAAAGUUCAUUCACAGGAAUCAUAGAAGAAGAAUGGAUUACGUCAGAUAAAAGGGACACAAAUCAUGAAAAACUGCAAGGAAGUGAGCGCAAUUUAUCAGGGUGCAGUGAUCCUCCUACAUUCAGUAAACACUAUAUGGCGGUUAGAGAAAACAGACAAGAAGACUGGCAGAAUGCAGAUGAGCAUAACAGAAAAGGAUGUCCAGGGAAAGAGGAAAUGAAAGAAAUCCAUGAAAAGGACAGUAGGUCAGACAAACAAACUUCUCAUGACCAGCUGUCGGAGACAUUAUCAACAUAUAUCCCUGAUGGUGCCAGAGAGACGGUGGGGGAAAUACAAAAGGAUUCUUCUGUUAUCUCACAGGGGCAGAGUUCAUGGCAGAAGAUCUGGCAGGCAACUAGUCAAAAAUUGGCUAUAGCUGCAAUUGGUGCUCAGUUUCCUGAUAGUUUCUUAAACCAGAUAACACAUAUACCAGCAAAUGGAACCCUAAUGAGGAACGAGGCUCACCUGUCCCACCCUCUUCAUACACACGAGCAGCCAAGUAAGUUUUUUGGAAGAGCUGAACCACAAGACAAAGCAAUCUUGCGUUCUUUUGAGAGAAAUGGUCAGCAGCAAGAUGCAAUGGGCAGAUUUACUAAUCGGGCAUGCUCCUUGCCAACCAGUCAGUCUGUCCUUCAGCGGGAGAAGGUGUUUAUCCAUUUGUCUGUGAGGGAGCAAGAGACCAUGAAGAGACUGACAGAUCUACAAAGGGAGGCAGAGAUAAAAUGUGCAAGUGAUAGAAGAAGGCAGAUGCUAAGAUUUCAAGAAAGGCUCUCCAUUGCUCGUAACAGAAAAUCCGAGGAGGAUCUUCUGGCAACCUCUCAGAGAGGAUCUCCCCAACAAUCUCCAGAACCACUAUCACAGGGCGAUGCAGAGCAGCAGAAGACUGCAGUAAAAGAGCAUCUACAGAGAAUGAAAAGAGAGCGCACAUACAUUAUGCAGACCAAGAGAGACAGGAACACAACCAGCUUCAGAGAGCUGCUGGAUCCAGUGCUGACAAAGAAUGAGAGAGAUGAUAAGAGCAUGGGCCUGAAAGGAGCAGAAGGCUUGUGAGGGAUGAAAGAGAAGAGUGUGGGUGUGGAAUGCUUGUGACUUAAUGAUGGGGAAGGUUUUAUCUUGAUGUGUCUAAAGCAGCUGUGGGGUAAGUAGGAAAGGGACAAUAAAAGUAUGGAUCACCAGAAACAACUUUAUUAUUAAUAUGGAUUAACAAUCAACUUUUAGUUAGUUCUUUUACUGGUUUAAUGUCUUUCAAAUCCAUUUACGUACAAAUACUGUACUAUGCUAAAAAAAAAAAAAAAAUCCUUCUUGCAUGGAAAGAUACCAGACCCUCAACGUUGGAAAAAGACCAUUAAAGGGGUGGCUCACCUUCAAACAAUUAGUAGUUUUCAGAUAGAUCACCAGAAAGAACGACUUUUUCCAAUUACUUUAUAUUUUCUAUG